AUGGAUAAUGAAUAUAAAGAUAGCAUUGAUGAUCAAGCUCAAGAUCAAAAUUCCCAUGAAGAAAUCCAUAGAACUUUAGAAGAUACUUCUAAGGCACCCAAUUCCAUUGAAGACACAGAUGAAAUAUUGGAAACAUUAUUAAAUUUUCUCCAAUCACGUAAGUUUGGAGAACAAUCAGAUAUCAUAUUUCAAAUUUGUGAAAAUAUAAUAGAAAAUCCACAAAAAUAUGAAAAAAGACUUCAAGAAUAUGGAGUUAUUGAGAAUUUUCCAAAUGCGAGUCAAAUUGUAGAUCUUAGCAUAGCUGAUCAGUGUCACAUAAUUUUAUUAUCGUCAUGCAUUGCUGAAAUCAGUCCAAAAUAUUCAGAACAUUUUUGUGAAUUAGAAUAUUUUGAUUUAUGCCUUAAUUUUCUGAAUUUACAAUCAUUAAAUUUAGUUGAGUUAUCUAUAAGAUUUAUAUCUGCAGUAUUGUUGCACUGCUAUAUCGAGUUUGACGUCGAAACUUUUCUUGAAACAAUUUAUUCUAUAUUAAGAAUAGGAAAGUAUACGAAGCAAUGGUGUUGUCGUGCUCUAUAUGGCCUGAUUCUUCAUUAUGAUUUCUCAAGUUUUUUGAAAACUAUUAUUGAUAUCGCAGAAACUAUAAGGAACACAGCAGAUGAUACAGAUACGGGGCUAUCAGAUAAUUGGAUUGCUCAGCUUUGCACAGUUCUUUUGAAAAAGAACAAAAAUUAUUUAAGAAUUCUUGAAUGGGGACAGCUUCUUGGCGGAUUAGUUGAAACACUUGAACAGCAAUACAUAUUAGAUGAGUUUACGCCAUUAGAAGAAUCAUUUCAGCUCCAUUUUUUUAGAUUCUUUUUGGAAAUCACGAAAUCUACUGAUCCAAACCACGCAGCAAGGAUUAUUGAAAUGGUUAAACCAGAGUUUAUGGCAAAGGUUAUACAAAACUCUGCAUAUGAAGUUACAGAAAUAGUUCUACAAAUUCUUGUUUUUAUUUAUGAAGAAAAAAGUUCAGUUUCAAUAAUAAAUUGUAUUUCAACACCACAUAAUUUACAAGAGGUUGUUUCAAGUUGCUUUUCAGCAACAUUCCAUUCAAGAGUUGCCGCUGUUAGAUUAAUACAUGCAGCUCUUGAAUUAAAUUGUUCUGAUGGACUUGUAAAUAUGCUUAUAUCAAUUGGCUACUUCGAAAAAGUAGUUGAUAUUUAUCAAGAUGUUCCAUCAAAGAAAUAUAUAUUAUCUACAAUUCUUAUAUUCAUGAAAAUUAUUGGAAAUCAAGCUAUCGAAUACUUCUUAAACUCUGAAAUAUCUAAUGAUAUAGAGAAUGAAGAUAUAGAUGAUGAUAGCGAUGAAUACGAAAUCGUUGUUCAAUUAGUGGAAGAAAUAUCAAAUAUUGUUAAUAGUUAUAAAAAUACUUAA